UCCGUUCCAGCCCACCAAACAGACUAGCAGUUGCCUCCUAAACCCCGCGCCACCGCUCCCGCAGACAUCGCCGGCCGGAGGGCCAACCGGUUAUGCAAUGGCCGCCAUUGUCUCCUCCGCCGCGCCAACGGCGCUGACUCCCCCGCGCGCCCGAGGCCGGAGGCCGAGACCCGCGGCGAGGACUAAUAGGCGCCUCCUCCGCGCAGGCCUAGCGGCGGGGCUCUCCGCGGCGCUCGGGCUCGCGAAUGGCGGCGGCGGCGCGGCACUCGCCGAGCCGCUCUCCUACGAUGAGAUGCUGCGGCUUUCGACCGACACCGCCGGGGGGGACGGGUUCGCGCUACCGGACCUGGGCCUCGACGGGCUGGUGGACUUCGUGGCCCAGAACCCGCUCGUCGUCGCCGCGGGCUUCGCCGUGGUGGCCGUCCCGCUGGUCCUCGCGCAGGUGCUCGGUGGCGGCUCCAGCAAGCCGUACGGGACCGUGUCCGGGAAGGCCGCGUACCAGAGGCUGCUGGAGGAGCCCGACGCGCAGCUCGUCGACAUCAGGCCGCUCAAGGACGCCCGGGAGGUCGGCUCGCCGGACAUCCGGGAGGCCAAGAAGAAGGCGGUGGCCGUGCCCUACGAUGGGGAGGACAAGAACGGCUUCUUGAAGAAGCUCCAGCUCAGGCUCAAGGACCCCGAGAACACCACCUUGAUCAUCCUUGACAAGUUUGAUGGGAACUCUGAGCUAGUUGCCGAGCUUGUCACAGCCAAUGGUUACAAAGCUGCUUUUGCGGUGAAGGAUGGUGCGGAAGGUCCUCGAGGAUGGCAGAGCAGUAAUCUUCCCUGGACUGCUCCUAGGAAGGGAUUCAGUUUUGAUCUCGGUGAUUUAUUUGGAGAUGGUUCAGAAGGUUUGCCUGUCACAAUUGCUUUUGCUGCACUUACUGGUUUGGGAAUAGUUGCCUACACGGAGAUAGAAACCGUGCUACAGUUUUUGGGGUCAGCUGCCGUUAUCCAGCUGGUGACAAGCAAGCUCCUGUAUGCUCAGGACCGAAAGAAGACCCUGCAACAGAUUGAUGACUUCUUUAACAAGAAGAUUGCUCCAAAGGAGCUUGUUGAUGAAAUUAAGGAAAUCGGGCAGGCCUUGCUGCCUUCAUCUGGUGAUGUUAAGAGCCAGCCAGCAGCAACAGAGGCCGCCCCAGCUGCUGCCAUAGCAACUGAUGCACCAGUGGCAGAAGCAACCCCAGCAGAAGCCAUUACAGAAUCGCCUCCUGAAACGCCAAGCAGACCUCUUUCACCAUUUGCAAAUUAUCCCGAUCUCAAACCACCGUCAACCCCUUCCCCAUCCGCUGCUGAGGGUAAGACUGAGGUGAAGGCCGAGACUGCAGGAACCGAAUCCCCUGCAGAAGUUAACUCGGCACCGGUGGUAGCAGAAGCCGUCCCAGAACCUCCUCCUGCAAAGCCCAGACCACUUUCCCCAUAUGCAAACUACCCGGAUCUCAAACCGCCAACCUCCCCUUGGCCUUCGCCACCUUAAGGAUGAGUUUUUUCAAGACGACUUCAUCCACUGCCUGGAGGCAUAUAUACAAGAAACAAGGUCUAGAGGAGAGGACGGUGAGCUGUUCAUAAGACACCGACGUCUCAAGAAAGGUGUAUGAUGUCUGCAUUGUAGUCUUAACUUGUUGCGGCUAGUUUUUCAAGCAGUACAUAUAUAUAAUCCAGUGAUCAUGCGUUCUGGUACUAUUUUUUGUUCUUGUAAAAAUGCGGGAUUACUAGAACCGAGAGUUUACAAGUCUCGGUACUACUUGUCCUACGUAAUUUUGUUUUUCGCGAUCACAGCACAUUAAGCUCUUGCCAGUGCCUACUUCAAUUUCUGUACUACAGAUGUUGACAGAUUUGUGUGAAAUAAUAAUUUCCUCGAUGA